GACAUGGCCAAGUCCAAGAACCAUACCACUCACAACCAGUCCAGAAAAUGGCACAGAAAUGGCAUCAAGAAACCCCGAUCACAAAGAUAUGAAUCUCUUAAGGGGGUAGACCCUAAGUUCCUGAGGAACAUGCGUUUUGCUAAGAAGCACAACAAGAAGGGCCUGAAGAAGAUGCAGGCGAACAAUGCCAAGGCCGUGAGUGCACGUGCCGAGGCUAUCAAGGCCCUUGUAAAGCCCAAAGAGGCCAAAAAACACAGGAUCCCAAAGGGUGCCAACCGCAAGCUCGAGCGACUUGCCUUCAUUGCCCAU